CCACUUACACUGUCGUGCAGCAAGGUAUGUGGACCGAUGUACGCUGGCCAGCUGGGCGACACGAGUCAUGCAUACCGAUGCAUCGUCGGCGAGGGCGCGCACACGAAACAUGCAGUAGUUGAACAAUUGUACGGCAUUGUGCAUGUGCGAUGUCCAGUAUAUAGGUGAUUGGCACAAUUGGUUCUUCAAUUCCGCGUAUUCAUCUUCUGCUAAACACAUCCGUCCCACGGGUACGACUCCUCACACGCUUGCUAUUCGAACCAUACCGCUUCAUCGGGUCCCUGGAUCUACCAGGGGAUAUUGCCGUUAUGUGGGCAUGGCGCGAGAGGCGUUCAUGAUUCCUCGAUACGGCAAAAGCAACGUUCAUCUGCUCAAGUCGUUGGAGGCAUCAAUAUUGGCGAUCUGGGUAUAUAUCGGUACCGUGCUGGUGUUGUAUGACAAGGUAUCGAACAUAGUCGUAGGCGAGAAGUGGGGCAAUGUGCGGAUUUGCCCAUAGUACGUAAGAUUGCGGCAGGGCCACUCACCACAGGAGGAGAUGUAAGGCCUCCUACACGGCUCGUCAGGCAAUAGAUGAAGCCUUUACGUUGGAAAACGAUGGAAGGAUUUCUGUGUCAGUUUGAUGAGACUCGGCAUCGUCACUAUCGAAGAGCAGCGUAGGAUAGUACGGCAGGCGGUUCUGACCC